UAAUAUUAAUUGUGACACAUGGAUAUUAACACUGGAAAUGUGGUCACUGAAAGUCAUCCUACUGAUAACAUAAAUGGUUCAUAUAAUAAUAAUAAUAAUAUAAUCUCUUUAGGGUAUUUUAAAAGCUUCUCAGGGAGUUUAUUUGGCAUUUUCUUCCUGCAUUUUUUCCUUCUACUGUAUGUUUUUCAUUGAAAUUUGGCAGGGAAGAUUAAAUGCUGGGUGUUUUAUAGUUUUGAAGUCAUAGUUAAAUUUUGUACCUGUGAUGUGUAGAAAACUGACUCUGGAGAAGGUGGUAAUGUGGCUGAAGUUCAGAAGACCUUAACUAUGACUCCUGUUCUUAAAAGUGAUUGAAAUUUCAUACGUAUUUUUAAUUUGCUCCAAUUUCUAGUUAUUCAGUGUCAUCAUUUGUACCGAGUUUCUUUACAACUAAUCGUGAAAUGUUAAUUUGGAAACAUGCAUCUCUUAAUUCUGAUUCAUGUAUCGAGGGCUUUUACUUUAUAUGAGUAAAGCAUAAUGAUAGACCAAGCACUUCCUGCUCAAAGCUGUACGAGUUCCAGGUUGUAAAACAUCCAGAGGUGGGUAUAGAAGUGACUGGGUAGGAAGGAUUGAUCUCAGGCAAAAGUAAAGCUGCAUCUACUAAUUAAUCCCUCUCCCCCACGCACACACCUGAGAGAGUUAUUUAGGUAGUUUCAGAAGUGAGGAAACACUUGUUUUAUGGUUGCCCCUGUAUUGAAUGAGGCAAGGGUUGUGCGACAACGAUACAUACGGUGUAAUUAGGGAGGGUGCCAUCGCUGUGUGUGCACAAGGGGGCAGAGCUAAAGUUGUGGGGUGACUGCACGCUCCAUGUUUUCUCAUAUCCCCGUGCUCAGUUUCACAAUCCCAGUGACUCUCUCAUACGGGUUUUGAACCUAUUUUCUUUGCUACUGGAGCAGCCAAGCCCUGCCUGGUGCAAGGGUAGCACCGCUGCCUUCUGCAACGCAUGUCGUCACUGGCGUUUCAGUAUUUCAGCCCAAGCCCUGCUUUGGAGAGGGGAGUCAUGGGAGAGUCUUGCGUUGGGAGAGUUUAUCCAGGAAACCUGAGCCCUUCCUUCUCAUCUUGUGGCAGAUGUGAGUCUGCUGGGAGGCCAGCAGAGGAUCCUGUCUGCAGGUGCUUAAAAGCCUGAGCCCCAGCGCUGGCUGGUGGUAUUGACCAGCUGCAUGGAGGAGGUGAGGAAAACGGCAGCCUCUCCAAAGGUGCGCUCCAUUUCAGUGUGGGUGGGAAUGCAAGGGAGAAAGGAAGAGGCACGUUUAUAGCCUGAAGGCUUCUGUGUUCAGAAGGGUUUUCAGUAAACUAAAUUGGCACUAGUUUUUUUUACCAUGGAAAGUUCGACAAGCUAAAAGAGAGCAUUUCCAUCAGCUGCCAUUUCUAACAAGCUGAGGUGCUUCAGUUCCCAGUGGAUUUCAUUCAGCAAGGUGCUGGUGUCUUCAGUUUGGCUCAGAGUUGAAGCCGCUCUGGUUUUUGCAAAGUCCAGGCUCUGAACACUUUCACCAAAUGAGAAAAAAUUAACGUUUUCUUAGAGAAAAAUGAGAGGUGUGGCAUGUUUUUUUUGUUUUUCAUAGUGCCACUUAUGCCGUAUAACACUUGAGGAGAGGCAGGGCUGAUUAGCAGUUUAUAUUUGAGCUAUUAUGACAGCUGAAGUGUGGUUUACAGCAUUAUAAUAAGGGCUGUGCUAUGCUGGCAUAUCUUUAACUGUGGCAAUGCUACUCUGUGCCACUGUUGCCAAGUGCCAGAUCCAUCUCAAAACGAUGGCAAAGCUGUAUCAUACAUAAGAAUGAAGGGUGGGGUGAGUCUGUAAUACUCCCUUGCUCUAAAAUAAAUUGUAUUUUAUCAGUCUGUGAUGAACCUUUUAUGAUCCAAGGUGUGUCAUACUAAUUUUAAAUAUUAAAGAUGCAUCAACUCUUAUUACAGUUCCUUCCUCUUUGCUUUCAGGAAUUGCCACGUAACUGCAAAGGAAACUGUAAGAUUUAAUGAAAUACUGGGAGCCUCUAUACUUCUUCAAGACAUUAUGUCAUGGAUUGGAGGGAUCUAAAUGCAAUAAUAUGAAGUACUGAUGCGACGUAUCUUGUCAAUGCACAGUCUGAUGCUAUGGCAGGGUUACAUCAUUAUACAUUACAUGACUUUGUCUUUUAAAAUCACCAUUUUUUGUAGGAUGGCAUACCUUGGUUCUGUUGAUAUGCACAUCUUUGGAAUUAGGCAGCAUUACUGUGUUAAAUCAAUAGUCUAUCCUGGCAACUUAAAAGGCACUGAAUGAAUCACAGUAGAGGGCAUGCUAGUAGUCAGAAUGUUGCCCCCCUCAGAAAAAAAAAAAAGUCUACACGCAGAAGUAAAUCUUCAGAACAAAUCCAAUAAAAUGCUUGCCCUGCAUCUCUCAUUCUGCUUCUAAACCAACAGCUGUGCUUAAAUAAAUAUCUUUAGUCUUGGUAAACCUGUCUUUGGUUUUUCAUUCAAGCCAUUUGGAAAGUGCUGCAAAAUACCAGCUAUAGUUGGAGAGAAAAUGUCUUUUCUUGGAAAUAUUCCUCAACAGCAAAAAGCACACCAGAAAAGCUUGCACGCAUAUGUUUUGGGGGGGGAUAUUCCCUUGCAGCAAUAUGAAAAAGUCAGAUUGUUUCUUCCUCCCCCAACCAGCCAGUCUUACCACCUGGGAAUUUCUGGGCUUGGGUGCAGGUGCAGCUCCUGACGAGCAGCGAAGGAGCAGUGCCAUUUGCUUUCAGGCUUGCUGCAGGGAUGCUCCUGAUGUUUCUCUUCUGCUCUCUUCCCCCUGCAUUUUUGUGGAGGAGGUUGCGUCCGUGUUAAACUGAUGACUUCCUUUUCCUUCCCAAUCCUGGCCAGGCCCCUGGCGAAGGGCUUGUUGCCGUCACGGUGGCCCGUCUGGUGGUGUGGGAAAAAAUGGAAGAAGUGUCAGCGUGCAGUCGUGCUGUGCUGUGGCUUGGCUUUUUGGUGUAGUGAAAUCAGCUCUGGUGGGUUCCAGCUGCCGGCACUGUGCACAGAGACUUGCAUGUGACUGUUUGCACAAGAGGCGUUUUCCUGUGCAGAUACUGAGGUACAGAUUGCUAAGUCUUGCCUUAUCGCCACCCUCAUCUCCAAAGUGUCACCCCCUCCUGACUUCUGUACCCUUUUGAAGAAAAUGCAGCAAAAUUAUUCUCCAGCUGAUGUGGAUAAUAACAUUUAUUAGUGCUUCCCUGUCUGCUUUUCCUGUAAUUAUAAUGCACUGUUAUUCCAGGAACCGUGACUGUGAACUAGUUGUUCAGGAGAUGGCUUUGAUUUCAGGAGAAGGACAGGAAAGGUGUCAGAUGCGUAUUGUUGAUCUGCAUAUAGGUUCAAGAUCAUUUUCCUUUCGUUUCAGUCAGAAAACACCUUCACAUUUCAGAGGAGCAGAUUAAUGCUGUACUACUCAUCACAGAUUUUAAUUUUUUUUUUUUAAAGGCAAAUGCUGGAACAGUCAGAUCAGGCUAACAAAGCUUCUUUCAAAAUAAACAAACAAUAAAACCUUUGCUCCUUCAGUAUCAGGUUUCAAUUUGAAAUAAAUGUUAACAGUGAAGUUCAGUAAUUCUUAGGCAAGAGGAUGUUAGUCUGGCCCUAACUAUAAUUUAAGAGGCAGGAAAAUGCUGUAGCAGAUGACCGGCUUGUGUGACAGUAAUGUAUCAACUCUGUAGUGGUGGUUACACUUUCACCCAGAAUUAUGUAAUUCCAGAAACAAGAUUUACUGAGGGUUUGUAGCUGAGUUUCACAGCAGAAUGUGAUAUAUUAAAACCCUUUUGAAUUUUUGACAUUCUGAUGGGCUUCUUGUAGGUCACACUUCCUGCAAAUCUCAUCUUUAAAUUUGCAAAUGUAAUUAGUAAGGUAGGUUUCUUGAUAACGUUCACAGAAACGCUGAUUUCACGUAGUUAAGUGUGGUCAAACUUGUGCUUUCUCAUUGUAUCUUUAUCUUACUGCCUUUAUCAGGUACUCAUUAAUGAGUGAAGGAUCAAAAGGUGGGACGGUGGCCAAGAAGCAAUGGAGAAUAAAAGUUUAGAAGGUUCCCCAUCAGACCUAAAGUUAGUGGCUCACCCAAGAGCAAAGAGUAAAGUGUGGAAGUACUUUGGGUUUGAUACCAAUGCAGAAGGAUGCAUAUUACAGUGGAAGAAGAUCUACUGCCGUAUUUGCAUGGCACAAAUCGCCUAUUCAGGAAACACAUCCAACCUUUCCUACCACCUUGAGAAAAAUCACCCCGACGAAUUCUGCGAAUUUGUGAAAAGUAACACUGAGCAAAUGAGGGAAGCCUUUGCCACCGCAUUUUCAAAAAUCAAGCCAGAGUCAUCACAGCAGGUUGUUCAAGAUAGCCUUAUCAUGAAGACCUACCAGAACUAUGAAAACAAAAAGCAUCAGGAGCUGACAUCUGCAGUCAUCAGCUUAAUUUGUGAGGGCAUGUAUCCAGCCUCUAUUGUUGAUGAACCCACCUUCAAGGCCCUCUUGAGAACAGCAGACCCCAGGUAUGAACUUCCGAGCCGGAAGUACUUCUGUACAAAAGCUAUUCCUGAAAAGUACAGUGCCAUUAGAGAAAUUGUGCUGAAGGAGCUCACCGAGGUUCUGUGGUGUGGCAUAUCCACAGACAUGUGGAGGAGUGAAAACCAGAACAGGUCGUACGUAACCAUCGCGGUUCACUUUCUCAGCAGCAGUCCUGCCAACUGCCUGGCGGUGAACUCGCGGUGUUUAAAAACUUUUGAAGUACCGGAGGAUAAUACUGCAGAGACUAUUACGCGAGUCCUUUAUGAAACGUUCAUUGAGUGGGGGAUCAAUACAAAAGUCUUUGGUGCUACAACAGAUUACAGUAAAGACAUUGUGAAAGCUUGCUCUCUGCUAGAUAUUCCCGUACAGAUGCCUUGUUUGGGGCACACUUUUAACGCAGGAAUACAACAAGCUUUUCAGCUCCCCAAACUGUGCAGCCUUCUUGCCAGGUGCCGAAAACUGGUGGAGUAUUUUCAGCAAUCUACGGUCGCGAUGUACAUGCUGAGCGAGAAGCAGAAGCAGCAGAAUAUUCUCCACUGCAUGUUGGUAAGCGACCGUGUUUCCUGGUGGGGAAGCACACUAGCUAUGCUGCAGCGCCUCAAGGAGCAGCAGUUUGUCAUUGCGGCUGUUCUCGUGGAGGACAGCAACAACCACCACCUCAUGCUGGAAGCCAGUGAGUGGAAUACAAUCGAAGGGCUGGUGGAGUUGCUGCAGCCUUUCAAGCAGGUUGCGGAGAUGAUGUCUGCUUCAAAGUACCCGACGAUAAGUAUGGUGAAGCCACUUCUCCACAUGCUUCUGAAUACUACCCUGAACAUCAAAGAGAAUGAUUUGAAAGAAAUCAGCAUGGCAAAGGAGGUGAUUGCCAAAGAGCUAUCAACCACCUACCAGCACACACCUGAGAUAGACAUGUUUCUCAAUGUUGCAACUUUCUUGGAUCCCCGCUACAAAAAAUUGCCUUUUCUUUCAGCCUUUGAGCGGCAGCAGGUUGAAAACAGAGUGGUGGAAGAAGCAAAAAGCCUGCUGGAGAAAGUAAAAGAAAAUACCUUUAGGACUGAAGAGAAAUUCUUCACUGUUUCAGAAGAGCCCCCUGUGAAAAAAAUCAUCAUCUCCUCGACUCCUCCUCCUACCAGUGUCAUCAACAACAUGCUUGCAGAGAUCUUCUGCCAGACAGGAGGUGUGGAAGACCAGGAGGAAUGGCAUGCUCAGAUUGUUGAGGAGUUGAGCAACUUCAAGUCACAAAAGGUCCUUGGUUUGAAUGAAGACCCACUGAAGUGGUGGUCUGAUAGACUAGCACUGUUUCCAGUUUUACCAAAGGUUCUUCAAAAAUACUGGUGUAUUCUGGCCACAAGGGUCUUCCCUGAACGCCUUUUUGGUUCUUCUGCUAAUGUUGUAAGUGCAAAGAGAAACCGGUUAGCCCCAGCUCAUGUGGAUGAGCAGAUCUUUUUGUACGAAAACAGUCGGAAUGGGUCUGAGGCAGAACCGGAGGAUGAAGACGAAGGAGAGUGGGGUUUGGAACAGGAACAGAUUUUUAAUUUAAAUGAUUCGGUAAAUGUAAACAACAACUUCUUUAAUAUCCGAGACAGUGGGUUUGUUUAACAGGACUGCUGCAGAACGUUUAAUAACAAAGAAAAAAGGUAUUUGUCUUAAGUUACCAAAAAUACUUCUGUUUUAUGCUAUGAAUGCUGUAAAUAUUGAACAGUUGUAACAAACUUGAUUUAGCUUCCAUUGUCUGUGUUUUUCCCACUGUCUUAAAACAUGAAUGACUUGUGAUUAAACAACGCUGAAAUGAAUGAGGAAAUAAAUUCUACAAAGACCAUGAUUUCUGACUGUGGCCCAGAUUUCAGAAAGCACUUAUCCAUGUGCUUCCUUUCCACUUGCUUCAGUGGGAGAGAAACACAUGCUUAUGUGCUUUCUAUCAUAAAAGUAUUUCCUGAAUUAGGACCCCGAGCAAGGGAGUUUUUAAGAUUUAUGCCUCUGUUUGUAAAUCCUGUGUGACUCAGGAUGUUAGCUUUAAAUUUUGGAUUUUAAAACAUUUUUAAAAUCCAUAAAUCUGAGCAGUGAAUAUUUUUAGAGUAUAUCGAUACUAUGGAAUGAAAAAAGAUCUUGAGCCUGAUUUUCUUUUUCACUACCUCAUGUCUUAGGCCUGGUCUAUGCUAGAAAAGUUCAGCUGGUAUAAUUCUGUCAAUUAGGAGACUGAUGUAUUACUAUUUUAACUGAUACUGUGCUGGCAUAGGCUGUAGCGUGGAUGCACUUAUACUGGGAUAAGUUAUUUUCCUUUCCAGAGCAGUGUAAAUGGUAUAAACACUUCUAAACUGGUAUUGCUGUGUCCACAUUAGUCUGGUUUUACUAUUUAACUGCAGCAGCUAAAUGGCAAAAACUUUUUUUUUUGUGUGUGUGUAUGUCUAGGCAAGCCCUGAUUGUAGUCUCUUGUGCUUUUACAAAGAGGUAAAGAAGCGCGCAGGGUCGAGGCGUCUUUUGUUACCUUCACUUUGUGCCGACUUUAUGGCUGAUGCCACAUGGUGUGAAGCAGGCAAGGCAUCAGACCCCUCAGCGGC